AUGUUGUGUCUACUACGUUUCUCAAAGUCUACUUUACCUAAUGUAGCUCUAAUUCGUUGUUAUGCUACGGAUAAAAAGCCAGCAGGUGGAGCCUUGACGAGUGCUUCGAUGAAACUUGGUGCUGGAAUUAUGAGUACGAAAAAAGGGGCAGUUAUUACUGCUCCCAUCACAAAAGAACUUGAUGCGGAAACAGAUCCUGUCAAAUUAGUGAAUUAUUGUUCUGGUUUAAAUUAUAAAAAGGAUCAAGAACCAGUAAAACUAAAACCAGAUAAUGAAUAUCCGGAAUGGUUAUUUAAUUUAUAUAAUUUAGAAAGAUGGUAUCCAGAAGAUCUUGAAGAUAAAGAAACAUGGCGUUAUUGGAGACGAUAUCGUAGAGAUGGACGUAGGGCUAUUGCAAUAGCAACAAAAGACCGUUUUCCCUUGCGUUCGAUACCCAAAUGGCUUCGAGAGUUGAGGCCACUAUGUUGA